UUGGCUCUCUUUCCCUCUCUCUAUAAAUACUCUCUUUCCAUCCCGUACAAUUCUCAUCAAACCACAAUCACCACACCAGCUAUAUACUUCCAAAAAUAUGGCAUCUAAGUUCCUUCUUCUUGUGCUUCUUAGUGCUCUUUUUUGCACCACCAUUAAUGGUAGAAAACUUGUGAGCACCCAAGGGUCUUUUGCAGACCAAAAGUCAUUCUACCGCGCCGGUGGUGGCGGUGGUCUAGGUGGAGGAGGUGGUGGUGGUUCUGGAGGGGGUGGCGGCGGAGGGCUAGGUGGAGGUUCGGGCUUUGGCUGUGCAGCUGGCUUUGGUGGAGGAUCGGUUGGUGGCGGUGGACUUGGUGGGGGUGGUGGAGGGGGGGUCUGGUGGCGGUGGAGGUGCUGGAGGAGGACAAGGUGGUGGGUCAGGUUUUGGGGGAGGAGCUGGAAGCGGAUAUGGAAGUGGCGCCAGCGGACUUGGUGGGGGUGGUGGAGGGGGGUCUGGUGGCGGGUCAGGUUUUGGAGGAGGAGCUGGAAGCGGAUAUGGAAGCGGCGGCGGACUUGGUGGGGGAAAUGGAGGUGGUGGCCGCGGAGGGUUCGGAGGUGGCAGACUUGGUGGCAGAAGUGGAGGCACAGCGUGAACCUAGGGCUUCGAGACUCAGUCCACAUUCUCUCUUCCUCCCUCGAGAAUUUUGAACUUCACUCCUCCCUCUCUCCUAUCGAGAAAUCUGAAGAUCAAGAGGAAGAUGUAGAUGCAAUUGAAGUUCAGAGACCAAAGCUUUUGCUUCUCGUUCAUUUGGAAAGUUUGAAGCGCCACAGGUAUAGUGCUUCCCAGUCGACCAUUUCCUGUUACACGUGUUGGAUCUUUCAAGGCGAAUUUGUAGCAUCUCAUGUAGCUCAUACUGAGGAUAAAGGGCAGAGUGACUCAUACGAGGGUGAUGAAAUGCAUGAACUGCUUUAUGAUGCCUUUGGAAUUCCCCCAUUUGUUCCUCCUACAGAUGACACGACAAGUUCUAGUAGUAACUACAGAUACCUUUGGAUUGGUUGCAAUUACACGGAUGAUUUUGGGAAAGAGUAUGGGAAGAUAGAUAUAGAUCAGAAGUCUAGCCAUGAAAGAGAUCAUGAGAAUUAUCUCCUCCUCCUCCUCCUCCUCUAUAUAUACCAACUCUCUCGACUACUCACUUCGAUCUCAUCUAGAACUCACAUUCUUCCGUUCACAGUCCUUUGCUGCCGAAACAUGACUUAUAAAGUCUUUCUUUUUGUGUUUCUUGGUGCGCUUGUUUGCACCACCAUCGCUAGAAAGGGCUCUUUCGAAGAUGAAAAAACAUUCCUUGGCCACCCGAAGAAUGGUGCUGGUGGGUUAGGUGGUGGAGGUGGUCUUGGUGGCGGCGGUGGUGGCGGAGGGCUUGGUGGGGGCGGUGGAGCUGGUGGAGGGGGUGGAAGUGGAGUGGGUGGAGGAGCCGGUGCUGGGGGAGGUGUCGGUGCGGGAGGUGGUAGCGGAGGUGGACUUGGCGGAGGCGGUGGAGCUGGUGCAGGGGGUGGGGCUGGAGUGGGUGGAGGAGCGGGUGCUGGGGGAGGUGUCGGAGCAGGAGGUGGUAGCGGAGGUGGACUUGGCGGAGGCGGUGGUGCUGGUAAAGGGGGUGGGGCUGGAGUGGGUGGAGGAGCCGGUGCUGGGGGAGGUGCCGGAGCAGGAGGUGGUAGCGGAGGUGGACUUGGCGGAGGCGGUGGAGCUGGUGCAGGGGGUGGAGCUGGAGUGGGUGGAGGAGCUGGUGCUGGGGGAGGCGUCGGAGCAGGAGGUGGUAGCGGAGGUGGAAUUGGCGGAGGCGGUGGAGCUGGUAAAGGGGGUGGGGCUGGAGUGGGUGGAGGAGCAGGUGCUGGGGGAGGUGCCGGAGCAGGAGGUGGUAGCGGAGGUGGACUUGGCGGAGGCGGUGGAGCUGGUGCAGGGGGUGGAGUGGGAGGAGGAGCUGGUGCUGGGGGAGGUGCCGGUGCAGGAGGUGGUACUGGCGGUGGAGUUGGUGGAGGAGGUGGUGGAGGUUUUGGUGGGGGCGGCGGUGGAGGGGUAGGAGGUGGGUCCGGUUUUGGAGGGGGAGCUGGAAGUGGGGGUGGACUUGGUGGGAAAGCUGGUGGAGGCGGUGGUGGCGGAGGCGGCGGAGGUGGUGGUGGGCUUGGCGGUGGUACUGGUGGGGGAUUUGGCGGAGGAGCUGGUGGUGGUAUUGGAGGUGGUGGACUGCCUUGAAGAAAUUAGAGAUCUCUCUGUCUCCAAAUUAAGAUUACUAGUUUUACUUUACCCUGCUGGCUAUCACAGUGUAUUUUAACCUUGUUUUGCUUUUCAAGUGGGAGUAGUACUAUUAUGGAGUACUCCGCUUUGAUCCACAAUCAAAAUAUUAUUUCAUGGACAAAUAAAGCCUUUUAAUUGAAAAUAUGCCCUCUCUAUAGGGCCAAACAUGGCCCCAAUGGGGUGAGGGCUUUAGCA